AUGUGUGAUAUCUUGAAGCGUGAAUUCUCUUGGAAUAAUUUCCGACUUUUUCAUCAAAACAAGACCGAUUUUUACACAUUUCAGUGGCGAUGGCAUCCCCACAUAUUUUUGAUAUAUAGAUCCAUGAUAGCAGCGUACUCGAUUGGAUCUCUAUCAGCAGUAUUGGUGGAAGGUGGAGGUCCCCACAUUAUGGUCUACCUCACAAUAUGGACAUACCUCACCUUGACAUUACAUUUCCUAACAGCCGCCAUAUUGGCGUUUGUGUGUCACUGCACACGUUGUGGUGACGAUCAAACAAAUAGUAUUGUAUUAACACAGGUUCAAAGUGAACCCAUUAAAGCAGUGAACGGUUCCUUCCAAACCGACGAUGGCCGGAAGAUGUCGAAGAGCAAUAUUGACGAUUCGUCAACAGCAGAUCAAGAGACCGGACACAAUUCUGAUGAAUCUGCUCAAUCCUUGCCGUGGUAUUUCCAGGGUUGUUGGUUGGUGUCGAUCGUUGCCCACCACUUCACCUUGGUGGUAACAUUAGUAUAUUUCACGGCUUUAUUUCCGUUCAUGGGUAUCCAGGGUAUAGCUAUAAAUGAUAUCAACAUGCAUGGAAUCAGUUCGGUUUUGGUUCUUAUAGACGUUGCUGUUGGUGCUCGUCCUGUACGGUUACUGCACGUCAUCUACCCUAUCGUGUUCGGUAUCACAUACGUAACGUUCAGUGCCAUAUAUUGGAGUCGAGACACUGUCAACAACGUCGUGUACAACAUUCUUGACUGGAAUAAUCCUGGACUGGCGGUAGGCGUGGUUGUCGGACUUGCAUUCGUCGUGAUCCCACUAAUACAGCUGCUUCACUUCGGCUUGUAUCGCCUUCGGCUACGCUUGUAUGACCAUAUAUAUCUGACAAAGUGA